ACGAGCGUGUAUGCUAGUCUCCAACAUAAAUCAGUCUGCUCUAGAAACGCUGUGUCCGGAUAAAUAAUAAUAAUUUUUUUUUAAUAUAGUUCAAUAUCGUUACAUAUAUUUACCUCAUGAAAAUGAAGUAGCCCAGUAAAUUGAUGUUAAUUUAUACUGCAAUGAAGAAAAGAUCUGAAUGUUGCUCUUCAAUAUAUGUGUAAAGUAUAUCAUAAUCGAUCGUCGACUAAGAGUGUGUCAAUAACGCCCUUUUUUAAGUUAAAUAUUGCUUCAUUCGCAAGCUGCUAGAAAAAACUCGUAUGUUAAGACUUAUGUUCAACUAAACCUUCCUAACGAAACGUUUAAUAUGGGGGAACAGCCAAUCUUCUCCUGCAAUGCUCAUGUGUUUCACAUUGAUCCAAAAACAAAAAGAACGUGGAUUACAGCAAGCUCUAAAGCGAUAUCUGUUAGUUUUUUCUUUGAUUCCUCAAGAAAUCUGUAUCGCAUCAUAAGUGUAGAAGGAAGUAAGGCUGUCAUAAAUUCAACUAUAACACCCAACAUGACAUUCACCCAAACUUCGCAAAAGUUUGGACAAUGGAGUGACGUGCGAGCCAAUACUGUAUACGGAUUAGGAUUUGCAUCAGAAGCUGAACUUGGAAAAUUCAUCGAAAAAUUUCAAGAAGUGAAGGAAGCUACAAAGAACGCUUUGAACAAAUCGUCGGCUAAUGGUAAUUCCACUGUUACAUCUGCAAAUGCAUCUCCGGUUACAACGCGCUCCUCAAUGUCCAAUAGCGACAGUUUUGAUCCCAACAAUGCAGAUAUCCCGUCUGUCCCUACAAAUAAUGUAAAUGCUAACCUCAAAACUGACAGUCCAUCUCAUCCAUCUACUACCAACGAUGCACUAAAUAAUUCCAAUCAAAUUGCCAAUGAACUCAAGCAAAUUUCAAUAAAUUCGACAUCAAGUGAUGGUAUGGCAACUACUUCAGCUGAACAACAGCUGAAGUAUGAAAACGAACGAUUAAAGCUAGCUUUAGCACAAAGCUCUGCCAAUGCCAAAAAGUGGGAAAUUGAACUAGCUACAUUAAAAAGUAACAAUCUUCGCUUGACAAGUGCUUUGCAGGAAUCAACCGCAAACGUAGAUGAAUGGAAACGACAACUUCAUUCGUACAAGGAAGAAAACCAACGUUUAAAAGUCCGUUACCAAGAGCUGGAAGCAUCGAAGGGAGGCGUUGCGGGAGUGAACAAUGGUGGCCCUAAUACCGCCAGCAAUGAGUUAGUAGAUGAACUUCGACAUGAGAUUACCUUGCUAAAAACUAAAAUUGAAGACUUGGAAAAGCAGUUGAUGAAACAAGAAGUGGAACUUAAAGCAGCUAAUAAAAGUUUGAAAGAUAAGCAGAAUGAUCCAACGAUGAAGCAACUCACAACGUUGUGCAAUCAGUUCGCAGCGCAUGUCAAUGAUCUAAACGGUCUACAAAAUGAAAUGGAAAAAGUUAUUCAAGCUCAUCACAAAGCUACUUGAGAUUUAUAUGAGAAAGACAGUCAGAUGAACAGCUCAUUAGUGAGUAUGGAUUUUGAAACAGACGAACGAAGAGAAAAUAACCAUAACACGAACAAUAAUUUUAUUGCCAACAUCAUCGACAAGGAUCCUAAAUUAGCUUAUCCAUACAUACUCACUAGUAGUAGUACCUCUGUCUGUGUUAACAACGUAUACCAGCCAACAGUUGCAACAAGUACAAUUGAUGCACAAACUCGAUCUCUUGUCAACACACCGAAAACUGUUAUUUCUAAUCGUGCGAACUCUGGUAUUGUUUUAAUUACUGCAAAAUUGAAUCAGUCUGAUGGAAAUAAACUCAUCCAUUUCAAUAGCAGCGGUACUAACGAUUUGAGCAAAACUAACUUGGCGCUCUUCAAUAAUGUACAGAAAGCGACAUUGGAAGCCAACUUUUCCAACUUACAGAAGCAAGCUAACAUAGUAUCAGGCGACCAACAACAACCAAAAACAGCGACUAUUUUGGUUUCAAAAUCAAAAACGAAAACUGGACUUCCACUGUUACUCAAGAAAUCCAAGUAACGUGAUAUUUUUUUGUUUGUUUUUGCUUUGUGUACGAUUUGUGUAACGUUCGUAAAAAAUAUUUUUACAAAAGUAUUUAUCUUCAAAAUUGUGUAACCAGUUUAUUGUAUUUUAUUGGAAAAAGCUUAGGUAUAAGAAUGACAUAGCUAUGUUGAUAGAAAAUAUUAUUUGUAAUUCUUUAUAUAGGAUACAAGAAAGUAUUAAAUCUCUUUUUCAUCUUUAACAUUGGGUUCACUACACAAUGUAAUUGUAAAAUUACCUUGCCAAAGAUUUUAUGUUAUAAUUUAUGUUUAAAACGAAACUACAUUUCACAUUAGCAUUUA